AUGGUACCCUUUCAACUGAAUUUAUUGACUUAUGCAGCCUUGCUGCAGCAAGCACAGCAGCAAACUUCACGGAUUCUUCAGAAUUAUACCAUUGAUGCACGACCUGACGCUCCGUCAGCUCCACCGCAGUCCUCAAGAAGGGAAGAGCAGCAGCAAUCCAGAAGCGAAGAAGAGUCCCAGUCAUCGAGAAGACAAGAAGAAUCGCGGCCACCGAGAAGGCAACCUUAUCGACGUUGUGGAUUCAGCUUAGAAGCGCCAAAGUUCCCUGCACAAGUAGAUCGAAGUCAACAAGGAAAACACCCGAUCCUGCGCUAUGCAAUACCAGGAAGUCCGUUGUGCUACACAUUCCAUCAUCUUCGCACGAACUCCACCUAUGAAGUAUACCGAUGUACGGGAUGCAGAGGCAUGGGAACAAACACAAUGAUAGCUGUAGGGGUUACUGUGAAAAUGAAGAUGUACAUUAAUAUUAAUGUCAAGGCGAUCAACAACAUAUACUCCCACUUCUCCGAUGGCGAAAGAUUCCUGCAGUUCCAGACUCCAGACCUGCAUAUGUAUUACUCAACCACAACCAUCGAAAAGGCGCAGAGGUUUGGGCUGUACGCACUUGUAGCGGACGGCGUGCACGAUCUCCAGCCCGAUGCAACAGCCAAGUGUGGACAGCUCUACACUGUGCACGGAGUAUGCAACGACACCAUGGAUGCUCCCCUCCUGUAUGCCAUCACCACUACCAAGAAUGAGAGGACGUACGAGUUGAUAUUCGCUCAACUGAAAGAAGAACUGCAAAGAUCAGGCCGCUUGGAUAGAUUGCGCGUGGUAUUGGAUUUCGAAAGAGCUUCGAUAGGUGCAGCUCGGAAAGUAUUUCCCUUUGCUUCCGUCGAAGGAUGCGGCUUUCAUCUCGCCGUGGCAUGGAAUAGAAAAAAAGAUGCGCUAGGAAUAAGGAAGUAUUUGCGAAGAAGAUUCGUAAACCGUGACAAAAGCGUAUGGAUGUGGUGGAACGUCAUCAAGGGGAUCAUGUUCUUGCCGCCUGCACUUCACAGAAGAGUCCCAUCAUUGUAUCGGCCUGACUUACCAAGGAAUCAUGAAGCAUAUCAAAAAUGCGAGGAGUUCUUGCGCUACCUGAAGUCUACAUGGUAUGAGGGACCUUUUAAGGGAAUGUGGAAUAAGUGGGGCAUCAAGGAUACGCGAACGACAAACGCAGCUGAAGCGUUUCACAGGAAGUUAGGCACGCUGCUAGAAUGCAAGUACCCCCUUAUGUCAAGGCUGCUUGAAGAACUGAAGAGUUGCAAUACUAACGCUAAAGGAGACUUUCUCAAUAUGGAAAGACGACCCACGGAUGGAAGACGAUUAAGGCGGAGGGAUUUGAGAAGGCGUGAGAAGAUACUCAAGAUGAUGGCGGCGUACAGAAGCAGAUUCGAAAGAAGAAACACAAUCAGAACGAGCACAAACCAGAUCAUGAAGUACUGCAGAAAGAUGGCAACGUUUGUAACAAGCAAAACCAAUUGA